AUGUCUGAGGAUCGCCAACGCCGAAUACAGUCCUGGAUCGACCUUAUUCAGCAGUCCGUUGAAGGACCUCCUGCUAAACUUAUAUGCCGUGGUCUUGACGGCGCGGAUCCCACCACUGUUCCUAGCGGUCCUGCGCUGACCGACAACCAUAUGGACAUGCCCGCGACGUCUACGGGGCGGAAGAGAGCUAUUGAAGACGGAGGUAGCGCAGAGCAGCGGACAACACCACGACCGAUCUUCCCAAUGCGGAAUCGUCGAAAUUGGCAACCAAAGCGACCCAAGUCAAGCAGUCCUAAGAAGACCAAGUCCAUCUUCGAACAACUCCUGAAGCCGGUCAACUUACAAGGCUUUCCUAUUGGUGCCCGUGUCCUUGAGAGACUGACAGAUGAUGUCAGUCCUCUCUACUUGCAGAUAUACAAUGCGACCGAGAAAGAGGCUAUCAUAUCAUUCGAGCUCCGUGAUCAGAUGAUGAAGCAGCAUGGGGCAUAA